UGGAAAUGUUCUUCAAAGAUUUACGAAUGCGGAAUGCUCCUUCCCAUCAAGGACCGAAGAAUGUAUUCGUCACAUUCUCUCUCUUUUUGAAAGGGGUGCAAAUUGUUAUAAACCUGCAACCAUAUAGAGAGAGUUGUUGUAUCGCAUCCAAAAAUGAUACAGUGGCUGAACCAGUUGCGAAUUGCAUUCGGGGCUUCAUUUCUCUGGCUCAUCUGCUUGGUUUACUUCACACAGGGUUUCAGAUCUUUUGUAUGGACAGCAGUUUCUUAUCAGCUAAAAGACAGGCUUAAGCUUUCACCCUCAGCUUCUCAAUUUGUGUCUACAAUAGUAUUUUUCCCAUGGAGCAUAAAACCAUUAUACGGAAUCUUGUCUGAUUGCAUCCCAAUUAGAGGAAGAAAAAGGAUUCCGUACCUGUUGAUUGCUACUGUGCUCUCUCUCUUGCCAUGGCUCAUUUUGGGCCUAAAUGCAUCCUUAAGGAGUUCCAGAAUGCAACUCAUGAUUUUUUUAUCAGUGCAAAAUUUGGGCUCUGCCAUGGCAGAUGUUGUGAUUGAUGCCAUGAUAGCUGAGGCAGUAAGACUUGAGCGGGCUUCUUUUGCUGGUGAUCUCCAGUCAAUAUCUUGGAUGGCCAUGGCUUUUGGAGGAAUCUGUGGGAGUUUGUUAGGAGGAUAUGCACUAAGUAACUUAGAGAUAGAGAGAAUUUUCCUUUUAUUCUCUGUAUUACCAACCCUACAGCUUUUUUCGUGUGGUUUGGUCAAGGAGAAUCCCAUAAGUGGUAAAGAAUUGCCUGAUUUUUCUAACUCAAGCCCCAACGGUGCAAACGGAAACACCAGUGUAUUUGAGGAAGAUAAUCUCUCGCGUGUAGAGUCUAACACCAGUACAUUAAGGAGAAAGAAGAGUCAAAAGAAAAGCAAAAAGAGACCCAUCAUCACAAGCAAAUUCCGAAUUCCAGAAAAAGAUGGCUCAUUAACAUCACAGUGGUUCCAGUCUCUGAAAAUGGCUUGUUAUAGUUUGUUCCGAGCUUUCAGACAGCCAAUGAUUCUAAGACCAAUGGCGUGGUUUUUCUUAGCAAAUGUGACUGUUCCAAAUCUCUCAACAGUAAUGUUCUAUUACCAGACGGAGUUCCUAAAAUUAGAAGCUUCGUUUUUGGGUACAACCCGUGUUGUUGGGUGGUUGGGCCUCAUGCUUGGAACCGUCAUUUAUAAUCGCUAUUUAAAGAACAUGAAAUUACGAAGAAUUCUCAGGUGGGCUCAUGUUGGUAUAUCUAUCUUGAGUCUUCUAGAUAUGGUUUUAGUGUCUCGAUCAAAUGUUGCGUUUGGUAUAUCAGACAAAAUCAUGGUGCUAUUUGGGUCGGCUCUUUCAGAUGCAAUUAAUCAAUUCAAGUUUAUGCCGUUCUUGAUCUUAUCAGGACAGCUUUGCCCUCCCGGAAUUGAAGGGACUCUGUUUGCCCUCUUCAUGUCAUUAAACAACUUUGGGUCCACAUUGGGAUCGUUUGUUGGUGCCGGUUUAGCUUCAUUCCUUAACAUCUCUUCGGGUUCUUUUGACAACCUUCUCUUGGGUAUUGGCGUUCAGGUCCUCUGCACCUUCAUUCCAAUCGCUUGCCUCUUUUUGAUACCGAAGGAAGCCACGGGGACUUCUGCAUAGUUUAGAACCUUUUAAAUUAGAACAGGAUUACCAAAUGACACAGAGGAACAGAAUUCUUUUAUGGCUUUGAUCAUUCCUUAUAGGUUUGUAGUCGCACAACAGAGAUUCAUACUUAGGGAUGCAGAUUAUAAACUCUCACUGCACAAUUCCCAUUUUGAGCUUGCCUUUGGCAAAUUUUGGUCUUUUUAACUUUGUAAUACAACUUUGUAAAAUAGCUUUGGUUGACAGAUUAAUCCAAAGAAGGAAGUUAUUUGAAAUAUACCAUCAUUUACCUGAA